AUGUUGAGUGCUGAAUGGUUCUUUGAUGUCUUUUCAUUUUACCAACGAUUUUCGGGAAGUUCCCGAUCGCCCUCCACAGGCAGGAGUGGUCCAACAAUAGGAUACGGUGUUUUCUAUCAAGAGGUUCCUGCUAACGGAGACGAAAAGAUGAAAAAUAAGUUUAAUUUUCGCAGCGUGGCUUCGCAGACAACAGCUAUCGAUCCAAAGGAUCAGAAUGAGCAUAUUGAUCCCAAUUUGUAUCCUGUCUUGAAAUUCCAAGGCGCAGUUACAAAAAAAACCAUUCUGGAAGCUUAUGAGGAAAAUGAAAGAAAAAAAAGGCAACUCGGAAUGAAAGAGGAGAAGACUGACAAUUGGAUUCAAACUGACUUACAAGACUUGGUCAAGAAAAUUGGACGGAGGGAACUCGCGUUCCAGGAUAACUGUCGCAAGUACUUAAGAUUGUGCGAAAGAAUGCUAGAUCAAAAUGCGUCAGAAGCCAAUUUAGAUUUCAGCUACUACGACAACCCGAACGACGAGUUCACUCCGAGCGUGGGAUCGCUGCUGCCCCUCUGGAAACUCUCCUUCAAGGACGUCCACCGGAUGCCCGUCACCAGCCUCAGCUGGAACGCCCUCUACCGGGACCUUUUCGUGGUCGGAUUCCGGAAGAUACGAGAUGAUGAUGCCGACGAACAAGAAGAAGACGAUUUGGGCCUAAUGCGAGAGGGCGGCUGCAUGUGUGUGUUGAGCUUGAAGGGCCCCUCGCACCCUGAGAAGAUCUUCCCUUGUCUUUGGGGGGUUAGCAGCGUCGCUUUCCACCCCAGUCAGCCGCAUUUGGUGGCUGUGGGAUUCGUGGGAGGUUCACUGGCCAUCUUCGACCUAAAAAGGGAAGCCAACUCGCCCAGAAGUCAUGACUCCAAAUUCAACAAAUGCUUUCACAUGGACUUGGUAGGAGAGGUGAAAUGGCAACAGGAAAAGAUUCCCGACAAAUUUUGUUCCGUUUCAUUGGAUGGACAAAUUAUUAACUGGCUUUUCUUGUUGAAUGACCUGUUUCCUGCGGACGUGGUCACUUCCCUUCGACUGAGGGAGUGGCCAAUAGAGCCGCCUCCGAAAGGGUUGGAAAUGAACCUCGAACCCUCGCAAAAAGUCGGGGAGAACCUAGGAUUGAACACUUGUACUACAACACUUUCGGUUCACCCCUGCGACAAGGAGUUGUUCCUGAUUGGCACAGAAACAGGCUUCAUCCAUCGCGGGUCUUUCGACGACAAAAUCUGCAACGCCACCUACCGAGAGCACAAAGACGCUAUCAGUAGUGUCCACUGGAACCCCCUGCAUCCACGGGUCUUCCUUUCUUGCAGCAAGGACUACACCCUCCAAGUGUGGGACCAUAACGAGAAGAAUUCGAUUUUCGAUUUCUUUUUUGAAAACGAAGUGAGAGAUGUCGCUUGGGCUCCUUUUUCUUCGACUUUGUUUGCUGCCAUCUCUAGAACCGCAAUAGGGUUCUGUGAUUGUUUUCAAACUUUCCCCAAAUUUGAGAUCGUCAUUAAAAGCUCUGGAGACAUUAGAAAAGUCAAAGUUUGUUGCUGGUGAAAUCGAGAAGAUGGAAAAAUUACUAACAAUAUCCAAGGUCAGAUCAUCCCCCGUUGCUUCAGAUAAAUCAUCAUGAGGUACUUGAACUCUCAAAAGCUGUCAUCAGUUGUUUGCAUCGAAAUGCGGCAAGCAUUAACAAACGCCUAUCUCGAUGAUCAACUGGCUGACAUGUCAAUGAUAAGAAUGUUGACAACAUGCGUCUUGUGGAUGGCACCCGUUCAUUCCCUCAAUGAACAUCAGCAUCUUAAGCUGGUAUUCUAAAAUGGAUCAUGCAACUGUGCUAAGCAACACUGAAGACACAAGCCUACUGCUACUAAAAUCCUUCAAUAUU